AUUAAGGCAUUUAUUGAUAAUAUUGUAAUCUUCUCAGAUUCGUUUGAAGACUAUCUGAAGCAUCUCAAUAUCGCUCUGAAUAUCUUUAACAGAAAGGAAAUCUCUAUUUCUCUUACAAAAAAUUAUAUCAGUUUUCUCUUAAUCAAACUUCUUAGCUUCUAUAUUAAUGCACUUAGCCUGUUUACUACAAAGAAAUGCACUGAAGCCUUUCGGAAGAUAAUCUUCUCUAGAAAUCUUAAGAAUCUUGAAACCUAUCUU